GCCACUGUUCACUUGUACUACAACACACUGGUUGCGGUUGUGAAAGGAAGGGGGUGGUUCGUGAUUUCUGUAGAUAUAUUUGAGGAAAAAAAAGAUUUCAACACAGAUAAACAUGUUUAAGAACACGUUUCAAUCGGGAUUUCUCUCCAUAUUGUACAGUAUUGGAAGCAAGCCGUUACAGAUCUGGGAUAAGAAAGUUAGAAAUGGACAUAUCAAGAGAAUAACCGAUAACGAUAUUCAGUCGCUUGUAUUGGAGGUUGUUGGAACCAACGUCAGUACAACUUACAUUACAUGUCCAGCAGAUCCCAAGAAGACACUUGGAAUCAAGCUACCAUUUCUUGUGAUGAUCAUCAAAAAUCUGAAAAAAUACUUCACCUUCGAAGUUCAGGUCCUGGACGACAAGAAUGUAAAGAGGCGAUUUCGCGCUUCCAACUAUCAGUCGACCACACGAGUAAAACCUUUCAUUUGUACGAUGCCAAUGAGACUUGACGACGGGUGGAAUCAAAUUCAGUUUAAUCUAUCAGAUUUCACGAGACGAGCAUAUGGUACAAACUACAUCGAAACACUUCGAGUUCAGAUCCACGCAAACUGCAGAAUCAGACGAGUUUACUUUUCCGACCGACUUUACUCAGAAGAUGAACUUCCGGCAGAAUUCAAGCUAUACUUACCUGUACAAAACAAGGCAAAGGCAUAAAGUAAUGAAAGCUGACAGAUGGAUUUUAAGAAUUCUUUUUUUGGAGGGGGGGAAUGGCAGGGGGGACAAUAAUUUUGUAGCUGAAACAGCCUUAAAAUUAGCAUAAUUUGUCUUCUUUGCCUAAGGUUGUUUUAAUUUGCCUUUAAAAGGGAAGUUAAUUCUUUACAGUUCAGUUUUUGACAUUAAUUUAAUUUUCUUUCUGCGCUAAUGUAUAAAAAGUUCUACAGAAGGAUUUUUUUGUCGUGUAAAAACAUACAACUUUACACUUUAGCUGCAAGUAAAGGUACUUAGACUCCAAAUUUCUACACAGUUUACAACAUCAAUAUCAUUUCUGACUGUAUUUUUUACUCAAACACUUAUUACUCUCUGAGCUUUGUAAUUAUAACAUUGUAAAAAGAAAAAUAAAUAUACAAUGAAAAUAAGAUGUAAUCAGUUGUUAGUUGGUUAUUUCUCUGGGUUGUACAAAAUAUGAUCAGGCUUCAUGGAUUGGUGAGAAACUAAGUAAAUCCGUUUUAUAACUUCUCAGUAUGUUUCAAACUUCACAAAACAAUAGCAGUCAAAAACACUUUUAUCCUGGAAAACGGUUCAUUCUGGAUUAAUGUCAAUCGGCCCUAAGAGCAACACAGCUGUGGUUUAUAAACUGUUCCCAGUUAUGGCUGAUGCUUCUGUUGGUUUAUGCUAAACUUUGCCUGGAAUAGCCAUUUACAGUAGCAGUGCCAAGGGAUGCUCAGUAGGGAAGGGGGGAUUUGUGAUCCUUGCAAUAAUUUAAAACAAUCAAGUUGGGGAGAAUGCAUAAGAAAAGCCUGACAUGUAACACCUUUCAAAAUCUGAAGCAUAUUUUGUAAAUAAAGUUACUGGUACUAGCUGC